ACCACACCACCUCCUUCACCCAAUCCCCUUUCUAACCUCAACCCAGACGGCACCUUCACCCGCCUCCAAAACUAUCCAGAGACCCCUCCCUCACCAGAUCCCACUCUACCCAUACCCGUUCUCUCCAAGGACCUUACCAUCGACCAAUCCAAGCACACCUGGGCGCGGAUCUACCUACCCCGCCAAGCACUCAAUACUCCCUCUAACCACCCCAACCUUCCCCUCAUCGUCUUCUACUAUGGCAGCGGUUUCAUAUUCUACCAUGCCAACUCCACCUACUUCCACGACUUCUGCGUCCGCAUGGCCAACGCCACCCAAUCCGUCGUUGUUUCUGUCGAUUACCGCCUUGCUCCAGAGCAUCGCUUGCUGGUGGCGUACGAGGACUCGGUGCAGGUACUGCACUGGAUCAGAGCCUCCAAUGACUUGUGGCUGGCUCAUACUGAUUUCUCCCGAUGCUAUCUCAUGGGAGAGAGUGCUGGAGGAAACAUAGCGUACAACGCGGGUCUACGUGCAGCCGCGGAGGCAGACCAGAUCAGGCCGCUGAAGAUCAAAGGGAUGAUAUUGAUUCAGCCGUUUUUCGAAGGGAAGAAGAGAAUUCCGUCGGAGCUGAGGCUAGCGAAGGACUUGAAGAGGGUUAGGGUUAGAAAGGUGAUUGGGUGAAGGAGGUGAUUGGGC